UCGUUGGUUGCGCCCGGACCAGUAGUUCGGUUGCACGCUGUGCCCUUGACUUCCUACGAGAGGUGAUAGCCGAUGAAUAGUAGUAGUAGGCAUCUCGGAAAUUAUUAAAUAAGGUCUGAACUAAAGGGCACAUUUCUCGCCAUGGGCUUUAUUCCAGAAGAGGGGAAGUCUCUGCCUCCUCCGGGGCUCGUGAACAGGAAUUCGCUGUGGCUGGCGGGUGUAGGCUGGGUCUCCGCCGUGCUGCACAACGCAAUCAACCACAGGCCGCCAGUGAAAUCAGGUGUUCAUCGACAGUUUCUGCUGGCAACCAUUGGCUGGUUCAUUGGCUACCAUGUUACCAAAUAUGAAAAUUACACUUAUGCUAGACUUGAUCGAGACAUGAAUGAGUAUAUCAAACUCCACCCGGACAAAUUUGUACCAAAGGAGCAAAAGACCUUUGCUGAGAUUGUUGAGCCUUUCCAUCCUGUGCGCUAAGCAUCAAUCGCUGCGGAGAGAGGAAACAUUCACAGUUGCCGCCUGUGUUGAGCAGCCUUUUUGUGAGAGCAUUCUGUCAUAUAUUGUUUGAAAUAUAGAUAUGUAAAUAAAAAGAAUAAACUCAACCCACAAACUCAA